AUUGGCAUUGCUCACACCAUCCGUGGCUCUAUUAUUAUGCACAUGUACAUGCCAUUGUAGAAUAGGAUAAUACCAGUGUGAAGGCUGCAUUCUGGUCUCAUUUCAUCCAAUGUUGAAGUUCAGUUUCGACACAGCAUUCCCCUCUAGCACUAGCUGAUGAAGAUACUGCAAUGCCCCUUCAAAGCCAGGUACCACACGCAUAGAUAUAGAUCCAGACAUCAUUGAAAGCAGCCAGCACGGCAGCAGAACUUUGGAAGGCCACACGCCAACGGCGCCGACUUUGAUUCCCACCGCUGAAUGAAUCGCUUGCAAGGACGCAAACUAGUUGGGUGGAAACGAGAAAGAACAUUGCGGCUCCUCUUUCUCCAAAGUGAACUGCCCUUCUGGGAAGAACCAACUUCAUCCCCUUCUGGUGUCUACUGUUCGAAGAACUGGACAGCUGGGCCGUCGCUGCUGCUGCUGCUGAAGACAGUGAAGUGCACUGCUGUGAUGGACUGUGGCAACUAACGUUCUGGCAAAAGACCACUCGCUAGCUGCACCGGUGAAAGUUUGGUUGGUGGUGCAGGGAGGGAUCCUUUCGAGGGUCUUGCAUCGACAGCAAGCGUAGUGGUAGUGCUGCUACGUCGAUCGUUUCGAAGGGAGACAGAAACAUCGUAAGCACGUACAAGGAUUCCGGCUCAAGGCGGUCACUGGCAGUGGGGGACAACGGGGACAUCCCACCUCCGCAGACGCUUACCGAAACGUGAGCGAUUGAUGCAGAGCUAGAGCUGAAGGUCGAGUUCUUCCUGGGGGAACUCGCGCAGAGUCGGAAACAAGAGCCUUAGCCUUAGCCUUAGUGCCAUGGUCACGUUUGUUCUGAGCGUGUAGCACAAUCACCGAUCAUUGAGUCGUUGAACUGGCCGCCUAUAGCCAGUUAUUUGCUGCCACAUUACGCAGGCUGACGACCAGAUUGUACCUGCAUGUGAUCUGGGUUGGUAGCCUAUCGCCGCUAGGUCACAAAGACUCCUGCGGCCGGGGGCCACCACAUCACGCAGGCUAGCGGCCAGGCACUAGGUUGUAGCAGUUUUGGUACCUAAAAGUUCAGCAAGAUGAUGGACGUAGAGAGCUCGGCGACAGCAGUGCUCAACACGAUCUCUGAGCGCGGUGAGCAGGAGGAUGGACGGGUGCAGGCGGACGGCUUCCACGAGGUUCACUACGCGGCGAGCGGCGACGCGUACCAGGGCGAGUUCCGCGACGGCCAGUACCACGGGCACGGCACGCACACGGCGGCCGAUCACGCGCAGUACACGGGCGACUGGGAGCAGGGUCUGCGCCACGGGCACGGCAUCGAGAUCAUGGCCAACAGUGAUAGCUACGAGGGCGAGUACGCCAACGACCUGUGGCACGGUCAAGGAACGUUCACCUCGGCUCAGGGCAGCGUCUACACGGGCGACUGGGCGCGAGGUAAGCGGCACGGACAGGGACGAGAGAUCCUGGAAGACGGAAGCGACUACGUCGGGGAUUACACGGAGGACGUGCGCUGCGGCGAGGGGUCCUGCUCGUACCCAGACGGCAGCCGCUACUCGGGCGAGUGGGCGGCCGGUAAACGCCACGGCAACGGCACCCGUAUCUACGGCGACGGCAGUGUGUACGUCGGCGGCUGGGCGGACGGCAAGAAGUCCGGGCGCGGCGAGUACAAGUGCGAGGACGGCAGCGAGUACGUCGGAGAGUUCCUGAGCGGCCGCUACCACGGAAACGGAACGCUGACCGGCAAGACCGGGCGCAAGUACACCGGCGCCUGGGAGGACGGCCAGGAGUCGGGCGAGGGUACAUGCUGCUUCAGCAACGGCGUCGAGUACACGGGGCACUGGCGGCGUGGCAAGCCGGACGGCGAGGGGCGCAAGACCUGGCCGGACGGCACCUUGUACUCGGGCUCGUUUCGGCAGAACAAGCGUCACGGGCGCGGCGCGCUGACGCUGCCCAACGGCCAGCGCUACACGGGCCAGUGGGACGACGGCGUCAAGAGCGGGCACGGCUUUGAGGAGUGGCCCAAUGGCGGCAACUACGAUGGAGAGUACGCCAGCGAUCAGCGCAACGGCAUCGGCACGUGCAUCUAUCACGACCGGCGCAAGUAUGUGGGCAGCUGGAAAGACGACAGGCAGCACGGGCACGGCGUUCUCACCUACCCGAGCGGCGAGAAGUACGAGGGAGACUUUGAGAAUGGUCGGCGCUGUGGUAGCGGUGUGGUGACGUACCCGGACGGCACGCAGCACUCUGCCGCCUCGGGUGAGACGGUGGAAGCGCUGGCUGGCGAUGCCGGCUGCGUGUUACAAUGACCUCCGAGUGUGCAGGAUGUGCGUGUGCACGGAGUGCUGUUUGCAAUGGUCUUGAGCUGGGUGAUUUUGCAGCAUCGGAUUUGUGCACGCACGGAGUGCUGUUUGCAAUGAUCCGGCUCCAACUGUGAUGCCGGCUGCUUGUUCCAAUGAUCUCCGAGUGUGCAGGAUGUCUGCGUGCAUGAAGUGCUGUAUGCAAUGAUCCUGAGCUGUGCGAGUGUGCUGCCUCGGAUUCGUGCAUGCACCGAGUGCUUGUUUGCAAUAAUCCUACUCCAACUGUGUAAGUGUGCAGGAUUUGUGUGUGCACGGAUUGCUGUUUGCAAUGACCCUGAGCGGUGUGAGUGAGCAGCCUCGGAGUGCUGUUUGCAAUGAUCCGGCUCCAACUGUGCGAGCGUGCAGGAUGUGUGUGUGUGUGCAUGGAGUGCUGUUUGCAAUGAUCCUGAGCUGUGGGAGUGAGCCGCCUCGGAUUUUUGCGUGCACGGAGUGCUGUUUCCAAUGAUCUCCAACUGCGCUCGUGUGCAGGAUGUGUGCGCGCACGGAGUACUGUUUGAAGCGAUUCUGACCUGUGCAGGUGUGGCUGCAAUGUGGGUGUGUGGAGCAGGAGGCUAUGUGCAUGAGUACAUAUUCACACAGAUGUACGUAGAAUUUCUGCUCUGACCUAACUGUCCGCUCUGACGUACAUGCAUGCAAGCACAUGGCACUCGCUGGCGAAAAUGUCUAGAAACGUGCUGGAACGAGGCUCGUGAAUUCAGCCGUGUACGUGGCAACGCACACACUCACUUUCAGGUUUGCUGUGCUUCCUUGCCAUGUCGGUCCCAUUUCUCUUUUUUUUAAAUUUGAGUUGAAAUACGUGUAUAUCUAUCUUACAUGUAUAUUGUGUCUAUCUAUUGUGUAUGUUUUCGGCUAGAACUGGUAGUGAAAGCCGUACCGUGACCAGGCUUUGGGUAUCAGUCCAUGCCGCGCACACAUGAUCCUUUGCAUAGCUUUUAUCGUGACCUGCUGGUGCUGCUAUUUGGCUGGGCAUGCAUGGCGCACAGCUCACACGUGUAAGCCGGCCAUUGAAUUCUGCUGAGAAUGUUUUUGCACAAAUGCUGAAAUCGUUGAAUGUAUGCAUUGCCAUCGAAUGGUAUUAUAAUGCUGAUUAUAUGCGUUUUCUGAUAUGAACUUAAAAUGGUGUCAAUUUUGA